AUGCUGCUGGAAGGCGAAAGUGAACCGUUCCUGGAAGAGACGAAAAAUCAUUCCCCUGGUCGGAAACAUAGCAUUCUGAAUACCCGUUUCCUUGGCCGCAAAGAUGUCUUGAAGCGCUGUUCCGCCGCUUUGCACCAUCCUAUUGCCACGCACGUGGUGGUUUUCCUCAUCACAUCACUGGUUUGGGGGGGCCUUUUUCUCGCCACACGCGCCCCUCUCUUCAUUCAUCAUGAUUAUCACACAAGCCACGAAAGUGCGGAACAUACGCAGACCACCAAAGAGCACGACAACAUAACCACCAAGUCCCGGCUUUUGACGUGCGGUAGUUCAACCGCCGAGGCGAAGAGCCUAAACUGCCAUUACGACAUCCUGGCCAACCACUGGAUCCCAGAGGUUUGCAUGGACCAUGACGCGAUCGAAGAAUACAAGACGGACGGAUCAUGGUUCGGGUUUGCGGACGAGAAUCGUACAGAGCUCCUCACCAUCGACACCAUGUCUGAGAUGGAGUUCUAUUACACAUCUGAGCGGGACCACAUUGUGCACUGCGCCAUGUUGUGGCGCAAGCAGUUCUGGGCCUUUUAUGAAGAGCGGGUGGCUUUGGACACCAUCAUUGCGAGCGUCGAGCACACGAUGCACUGUUCCCAGUUUCUGAUAGACAUGUCGGACAAAGGCCCCGACUACAGGAACAUGCCGAUCAAGACGUGGGUCGGUCAUGCGGGGUGUUGGCUCAGAGAUUAG